UGUCUGGGUCACGACACACUGACCAAUAUAUUAGAAAAUUGAAAAUAAGUAGGAUAACAAUAGGGAGUGUAACUCAAGAGCAUUUAAGAUGAUAUUAAUUAUGACAAUGUAAAACCGAGCCAACACCGAGUAGAUACUUGAAACGUGCUUUAAAUAACAAAAUAAUCUUAAUAGUCUUAAUCGUUGCUACACGAACCAUCGAAUAUUUCCUUAUAUGCCGAUAUUCGACACUUUCCGUCAACACUCGUAAAUAGUUGACAUACCUUUUCUGCGAUUUUUUUCACACGCUCCCAUUCAUGUUUCAACCGAUAUGCAUAUAUAAACGAAUCAUUUCGUCCCCAAUCAUGCAUAAGACAAUUAACUGUCAACUGAAAAUCUUAAAAACUACACAUCGAAGCACCUUUUAGAUUUUGUGGUAUAAGGAAUACGAGAAAUAAAGAUGGAAACUUUGAGGAUGAACUUCAGAAUAUGCUCAGUUUUGUUGAUAUUCUUUGUGGCAAGCUAUGAGACAGCCCCUUCUACUCUUAUAGGAGGUGAUGUAUGUGGAGCGAAACCAGCAGAGAUAUUUUUCUUGCUUGACUCAUCUUCAAGUAUUUGGUCCGUAGACUUCAAGAAACAACUUAACUUUGUCAAAAAGGUCGUAAACACUUUUGAAAUUGGUCCAAAUAAAACGCGCAUAGGUGUUGCCUCAUUCUCGUACAGAUAUCGUGAGGACUUUGGACUAGAUAGAUACAAUUCGAAGGAAGAGAUCGAAGCAGCAGUCACGAGAAUACCACAGUAUUAUGGUGGCACUCAAACUUACGAUGCUCUCGAUGGUAUCAGAACCAAAGGUCUCAGCAACAAAAAAGUUCGACCUGGAAUUGCAAGAAUUCUGAUUGUACUUACAGACGGAGAAUCUUAUAAUCCAGAGAAAACUAAAGAGGCAGCAGCGAAAGUCAAGGAUGAUGGUAUUGUUGUUUUCGCGGUCGGCAUAGGAUCACAGACAAAUACAGAUGAACUAGCUUCAAUUGCUAGCACUCCUCAAAAUCCUGAAGAUAAAUAUUUGUUUGAAGUUGGAAAUUAUGACGAACUGGACGACACAGUGAAAGAAACUCUUACAACUAAAGCUUGCGAAGUCGAAGUCCCACAAGAUGAUAAUACCGGUCCGGAAUGCGGUACAAAGAACAUAGCAGACGUCAUGUUUCUUGUUGAUCCAGCGGAGAUAGGCGCAUUUCAUACAAAGCAGAUAUAUGGAUUCAUUGGAAACGUUGUUAGUGAUUUCAAUAUGGGAGAAGACAAUAUCAAAGUUGGUCUAGAAUCGCAAAACUGUGGUGCUGCCAAUAUUGCCUUAGGCCAAUACAAGAAUAGCCGAGAGUUAGCUAAGGCAUUUAGAGCCACGAAAUUGUCUGGAUUAUCCAAUAUGCUUAAACGUCUGCGCACGCAUGCAUUUAUGGAAGAAUAUGGAGCAAGAAACAUGGCAAGACAUAUGGCUGUCGUAUUUGUAGAUGAUAGGUUAUUUGAUAGAAAAACAGUUUUAGAUGAAGCCAGGAGAACAAAAAAUUAUGAUGUUGAAUUAUUUGUUGUUGCAAUCGGUGAUAGCAUUGUAGAUGAUGAGUUGAAGACAUUGUGUAGCAGUCCUGUAGAGAGACACAUCAUCAGAGUACCAUCAUACGAAGCCCUAAUGGGAUCAAAACCAGAAUUCAUGAAGAAAUUCUGCAAGGGAAUACGAGAAAACAAGAUGGAAAUUGUACGCGUGAGCUACAGAAUCUCCUCGCUUCUGUUGAUAUUAUAUAUGCCAAGGUAUGAGACAGCCCCAUCUAAACUUAUCGGAGGCGAUGUAUGUGGAUCGAAGCCAGCUGAAAUAUUCUUCUUGCUUGACUCAUCUUCAAGCAUUUGGUCCGUAGACUUUAAGAAACAACUCAACUUUGUCAAAAAGGUCGUAAACACUUUUGAAAUUGGUCCAAAUAAAACGCGCAUAGGUGUUGCCUCAUUCUCGUACAGAUAUCGUGAGGACUUUGGACUAGAUAGAUACAAUUCGAAGGAAGAGAUCGAAGCAGCCGUCACGAGAAUACCACAGUACUAUGGUGGUACUCAAACUUACGAUGCUCUCGAUGGUAUCAGAACCAAAGGUCUCAGUAAGGAAAAAGUUCGGCCUGGAAUUGCAAGAAUUUUGAUUGUACUUACAGACGGAGAAUCUUAUAAUCCAGAGAAAACUAAAGAGGUCAGCAGCGAAAGUCAAGGAUGAUGGUAUUGUUGUUUUUGCGGUCGGCAUAGGCUCACAGACAAAUACAGAUGAACUAGCUUCAAUUGCUAGCACUCCUCAAAACCCUGAAGAUAAAUAUUUGUUUGAAGUUGGAAAUUAUGACGAACUGGACGACAC